GCAACCAUCAUUUUGAAAAACUCAGCAUCUGCUUCAUUCCUUCCUUUCAAAUAUUGCAUCCGUUCCACUCACGCCAACAACGCCACCCUCACCAAACCCUAGCCACAACCACAGUAUGCAAGACUUUUUGGGUUCUAUUCGCCGCUCCCUGGUUUUCCGACCCGGGGGCGACGAUGCUCCCUUUGCCGGAAUCGCCGACAAGCUUGGCUCCGUUAUUCGAAAAUCGCGAAUCGCAUUCAAACCUCCUCCUCCUCCCAUCCGGUGGCGCAAGGGCGAGUUGAUUGGUUCCGGCGCCUUCGGUCACGUCUACAUGGGAAUGAACCUCGAUUCCGGGGAGCUUAUUGCCAUCAAACAGGUUUUAAUAGCGCCUGGUAGCGCUUAUAAGGAGAACACACAGGCUAAUAUUCGGGAGCUCGAAGAAGAAGUUAAGCUUCUCAAGAAUCUUAAGCAUCCAAAUAUUGUUAGAUACUUGGGAACUGCGAGAGAGGAGAACUCCGUAAAUAUUCUGCUGGAGUUCGUACCUGGUGGUUCUAUCUCAUCACUUUUGGGGAAAUUUGGAUCCUUCCCCGAAUCCGUUAUAAGAAUGUAUACGAAACAGCUUUUACUGGGCCUUGAAUACCUUCACAAUAAUGGGAUUAUUCACAGAGAUAUUAAGGGAGCCAACAUUCUAGUUGAUAACAAAGGGUGCAUUAAACUUGCAGACUUUGGUGCAUCCAAGAAAGUUGUUGAACUGGCUACUAUUAAUGGUGCAAAAUCAAUGAAGGGCACGCCACAUUGGAUGUCCCCUGAAGUUAUUCUACAAACAGGACAUACAAUCUCCACUGAUAUAUGGAGUGUUGCAUGCACCGUGAUAGAGAUGGCCACAGGGAAGCCUCCAUGGAGUCAACAGUAUCCCCAAGAGGUUUCAGCUAUUUUCUAUAUCGGGACAACUAAAUCUCAUCCACCCAUACCUGAACAUCUGUCUGCUGAGGCCGAAGACUUUUUGCUGAAAUGUUUCCACAAGGAGCCAGAUUUAAGGCCUUCUGCAUCAGAGUUGUUACAGCAUCCGUUCAUCACCUCUGAAUAUCAUGGAUCUCAUUCAAUCUUACGCAGUUCAAUCAGGGAUUCUUGCAAUAAGAUGGCAACAUAUGGAAUGAACUCUAGAACCUUCUUGGAUUCUGUCCAGGGAUCAACUUGCACUGGCUUGAAGGAUGUUUGUCAGAUAGAUAGCAUAAAGUUCUCAACUGUGUAUCAUAAAGCAGAUUCCUACCAGAGAGCAGACAACAAUGAUGAUGACAUGUGUCUGAUAGAUGAAGAUGAUUUUUUGAUUGGUUCACCAGUAAAAUCUGAAUCUCUAUUAGCUUCUGAUGAUACGAAGAGUUGCAAUCCUUCGAGCAAACCUGCGGAUGAUCAUCUUUGCAAUUUUAAUGAAACCCAAUAUUUAGAGAAAAACAGACCAUACUUGUCAUUUUCAAGUGAGCCUCUAGGAACUGAAGAUGAUGAAGAAGUUACUGAAUGUAAAAUUAGAGACUUCCUUGAUACUAAGGCCCUUGAACUGAAGAAGCUUCAAACACCUCUUUAUGAAGAAUUCUUUAGCAUAUCAAAUGCAGCCGUUGCUCCUACUUCCUUUGCAAAGAGUAAAGUUAUAUCGGGUGUCCCAAAUGUAACAUCAAAACUCAGAUCGCCUAGUCAGGCUUGGAGACGGUUCUCAAUGGUUGGCAGUGCUACCGUAGCAAGCCCUGGAAGUCAUACCAAAUACCGAUCGAAGCAUAAUGGUGCUCACUGUCAACCUUUGCAGGAAAUUCAGCCAUCUGAGCUUAAUGAAUUAAAGGAGACUCUUCAUGACGCUGAGCUGGAAUCAUCUAGUGCAAGCUCAAACUUCUCGGAGAGACAAAGGAAAUGGAAAGAAGAAUUGGCUGAAGAGCUAGAGUGGAAACGAGAGAUGAUGCGUCGGGCCGGAACUGGAGGAAAAAUUACAUCUCCAAAGGAUCGCUGAUUUUAUGAAGACUGAUGAUUUGCUCAUUGUUUUUUCACUAGGCUACUGACUUCCUAUUCAUCUUGACAUUUUACUACAGGGAGAGAGAAGAAAGCGUUUUCCCUUGGAGAAGUCAUAUGUAAUCUUGCAAUGUCAUCAAGUAAGAUGUUGCAAUAGGAAAUAUUUUGUCAAUUCAAUGUAAUAUAGCGGGAUAUGCAUUAUAGAGUGUACUGAGUUAUGUAUAAAACAUAUAUAUAAUGGAAAUAUGCAAAGAGAAUUAAGUCUGAGUACCCAGUUGGGUAUAAAAUAUA